AUGUACUACCGUCUAGUGACAUUGGUGGUCGAGGCGAAAGUCUGUUUGAUGGAGCCCAUGCUCGGGGUUGUAUUAUCCCAUUUACUAUACUUUUACCAUGGCGAGGGGGAUCCGUGUUUGUUUAUUAAUGCUGUGAAAUUAUCCCCCCCCCCCUCAUUGCGUAUAAGCAGCGAAAAAGAAACAGAGCGAGAACGUACAGAGUGCCAUCGUUUGCUUUAG